GAGCCGUGGCGUCUCCAUUCUGUUCGUGAUCCAUGGCUCGUUGCUCAGUGACGUAUAAUCGAUUGUUCUUUAACGAUUACCCUGGUCUACUCGGUGGAAAAACGGAGAGAGAGAGUCAGAAGCAGUCGGUACGAAGUGACCGAAACAUUUAAACCAGAAGUCGCAAGAAAGGUUGUGAAUGAAUCCCGAUGCUGCAUCUGGUAUAGCCUACGCCGCUCUGGUGUGUUGAAGAAGCGGUAACCUACAGACCCCGCAGAUCCUCCACGCCACCACCCAAACGCAGGCGUGGGAAGGGUUCGCUGGCCAUCCUGUCACAUCACAUCUUGAAUUGCCUGCACUGGACUGGACGUCGACAAUAAGGAGAGCGGAAAGUCGCUGUUUGCGGGCACUUGUAACGGGAGCGCAAGAGGGAGGGGGUGGGAGGUAAACGGGGGAGUCCCGCCUCUGGUGUUCUGUGGGAAAACAAAAGAGCGCCUGCCUCUAUCGCACGUACCGGAUGGACUGAGGAGAGCUGGCAGGAGAACAAGGAAACCCUCGGUCUCGGUGCCCGGAUUGAUGCCGUUUCUGCUGCCGGGCUCCCUGUAACCGUCAGAUCCACCGCUGAUAGUAGCCAGCCGCGCGGCGUCGUUCUUCUGCGAGCAGGCCACCAGACACGGGGCUAGACGCUAUGGGAGUCCUCAUUUGCAGUAUGGUGGCGCUCGCUCUCAUCUGCCAAAGCCAUAGCCUGGGCGCGAAGGACCCACUGCACAGAUUUAAACGGUAUCAGGAAAGUAGCUACUCCGAUCCUAACGAGUGCUCCAAAACGAGACCAGCCCUAAUCCUCGCCAAUCCAAACAAUUUCUCCCUGGACAUUCGAAUGCCUUCUGUCAUUCCUACCGCGUCGGAGUCGUACUUGUGCGUGGCCGUCCCGGUGCCCACGGGGAGGGAGUCCUACGUAGUGGACUUUGUGCCGCACGCCACCAUGGACACGGCGCACCACAUGCUCCUGUACGGAUGCAGGGAGCCCUUCUCCGCCACCGGCUACUGGGACUGCGGAGGGAAUCAAGGAACCUGUGAAGAUGAAGCGAAGAUCAUCUACGCUUGGGCAAGAAACGCUCCACCCACGAAGUUGCCCAGAGAUGUGGGCUUCAAAGUCGGAGGUGACUCCAGAAUUACUUACUUUGUGCUGCAAAUCCACUAUGGGGAUAUCGCCGCUUUCCAGGACCACCAUAGAGACUGCUCAGGACUAACCUUAAGAAUGACUUCCAAACCACAGCCCUUUGUUGCUGGCAUGUAUCUCAUGAUGUCUGUGGACACUGUCAUUCCACCUGGGAAGAAAGUUACAAAUGCAGACAUCGCCUGCACGUACAGGUCCUACCCGAUGUACGCCUUCGCCUUCAGGACCCACACUCACCGCCUGGGUCAAGUAGUGAGUGGGUAUCGGGUUCGAGAUGGAAAGUGGACUCUGAUUGGACGGCAGUCUCCCCAGCUACCGCAGGUGAUUUUUUACCUGCGCUCACGGUUGGAAGUGCGGUACGCGGACAAGCUCGCCGCCAGAUGCGUCUUCACCGGGGAGGGGAAGAGCUCCGCCACGUACAUCGGAGGCACGUCAGACGACGAGAUGUGCAACUUCUACAUCAUGUACUACAUGGACAGACGGCACGCCGUGCCCUACAUGAACUGCAUGGAGAGCGGCGACAGCGAGCUCUUCCAGGGCAUCCCCAAAGAGGCCAACAAGCCCGUCCCCAUCAGCCCCGACAUGGCGGCCAUGAUGCACGGCCACGCCCACCACAUGGGGGCCAAAUCGUCCCCUAUGAGCCAUUCGGAAGACUCUGGAUUACUCCAGCCGAAGAGGGAGGAGGAGGAGGUUCUGGACCAAGGUGACUUCUAUUCCCUGCUCUCCAAACUGCUAGGGGAGAGGGAGGACGUUGUCCACGUGCAUAAGUAUAACCCCGGCGAGGGGCAGCAAGGCCAGGCGGACCUGGUGGCAGAAAUCGAUAGCAUUAUCCAAAAGAAGGACCGCGGCCGGUCCGGUCCGGGUUCCGGUCCGGGUCCGGGUCCGGGCCGGGGUCCGCGGGUAGGCUACAGCGAGCGGCAGGACGGCGUGCUGGUCAGGGACAGAAUUCACAAAUUUCACCAGUUAGAGUCCACCGCGCGGCCCCCGGGGAGCAGGAACGUCCCGGAAGCCCAGGCGGGCGCGGUCGGGGCCGACGUCCGACAGCAAGGGUUCCACCUGGCGGAGAUGGCAGACUGGCCGGAGGUGCAGCUCACGCUGGGCCAGGUGUCCGGCCUGGCCCUGGACUCCGACGACAACCUGGUCAUCUUCCACCGGGGAGACCACCGCUGGGGGGUCAGUUCCUUCGACAGCCGAUUCGAGUACCAGCAGCGGUCUCUGGGUCCCAUCCAGCAGUCCACCAUCCUGCUGGUGGACCCCGCCAAGGGCACCGUCCUGAAGGCGUCCGGCCGGAACAUGUUCUACUUGCCGCAUGGAAUAACCACAGACAAGGACAACAACUACUGGGUGACGGACGUGGCUCUCCACCAGGUGUUUAAAUUGGGCAGUGACGGGAGUGACAAGCCGCAGGUGGUCCUGGGACGACCUUUCGAACCAGGAAGUGACACGAGCCACUUCUGCCAGCCCACCGACGUGGCGGUAGACCCGCUGACGGGGAACGUCUACGUGUCCGACGGCUACUGCAACGCCCGCAUCCUUAAAUUUUCGCCCGAGGGGAAGUACCUGGCGCACUGGGGAGCAGGGUCGGCGGACCGGCGGAAGCGGGUCCAGUUCCGGAUCCCGCACAGCCUGGCGUUCCUGCCGGACCGGCGGGAGGUGUGCGUGGCCGACCGGGAGAACGGGCGGAUCCAGUGCUUCCUGGCCGACACCGGCGAGUUCGUCAAGGAGAUAAAGAAGGCCGAGUUCGGCGACGAGGUGUUCGCCGUCUCCUACGCCCCCGACCACGGCGGUCUGAUAUACGCGGUGAACGGAGCGCCCCCUUAUGGCCAGUCGGCUCCGAGAGGGUUCGUCAUUAAUUAUUCAACCAAGGAGCUCCUCGACUCCUUCAGCCCCGACACGCAGGAGUUCAAAAUGCCGCACGACAUCGUCGUCACCGGAGACGGGAGCGUGUUUGUCGGGGACGCAGCCACGGACGCCGUUAUAAAGUUUGUGUCUGAUGAGAAAGCUGAACAUCGUUCUGUUAAAAAAGGUGGAAUUGAAGUUCAAGAAAUUGAAGAGACGGAGACGUUUGUCCAGACGCAGCUGAAGCCACUCCUGAAAGGGGCCAUCCAGAACGCCCCAGGCCCCGCCCCCGCCGCCGCCGCUGCCCCCGCCGCCCCCGCCGCCCCCCACCUCCAGCACCAGGUGGCGGCCCCCCACAAGACCCCCCCGCCCACCCCCCUGAAGGAGGAGGGGACCGCCAAGGCCAAGCCCGAGGGCGGGGCGAGGCGGGACGCGGAGGGCGUGUCCCCCGCCCUGGUCACCACCCUGCUCCUCAUCCCAUUGGUGGUGGUCAUCGCCAUCGGCGUCUUCAUUCGCUGGCGCAAGACCAGGAUGUACGGAGACGACUGUGAGGUGAAACUGGAGCCCGGCUCUUCCGGUGGAAUUUUGGGGAAACUGAGAGGUAAGGCCGGCGGCGGGCUGAACCUGGGGAACUUCUUCGCGAGCCACAAAGGCUACAGCCGGAAAGGGUUCGACCGGCUGAGCACCGAGGGCAGCGACCAGGAGAAGGACGACGAGGAGGCCACCGACUCGGAAAACGAGGAGUACUCCGCGCCUCCUCCUCCUCCUCCCGUCCCCUCCUCCUCCUCCUAGUUCCCCCGGGAGGAGCGGUCCCGUCGGGGAGGGGGGUGGGGAGGCCAGCGCCUCCUCCCCUGCUCGAGUGUUCAGGAUGUUCUUUAAUCGUGUAUGUCAUUGUUUGUAUUGGCUGCCAACUUUAUUUGCCAAUAUUAUUUAUUUGUGCAAAAAUUUUUCUCGAGAAGAAAUAUACGACUGCCACUUUAUUUAUACAAAUUAACGGGGACCAGAUGUAAAAAAUAAAUAAAUAAAUACAUAAAAAUCAAAGACAACACUAGUAGUAGGUCAAAGGCUUAAGCUGUAGGUUCUGAUUUCAGGAGAAGAGAGAUGGAGGAGAGAUGAUGGAGAGAUGGGGGCAGGUGGGGAGGACCCUUUAUUUUUGUUACGAUUUAAGCAGUUUAACUUCUUCCAAUAACGUAUCAGCCAAACAGCAUUUUUGGGUUCUCCGGGUUAUUGGUCCAGUACUUUGGUUGACGUUUUAUAUCUGUACAUUUGUGCCUUUUUAAUUAUGUAUUGAGCCUUCUGCAGCACCUGCUAACACACGGAUGUGCCACAUUAUGAAAAGAGCUGCUAACGUCAACUGUAACUUCAUUUCAAUUAUAUCGCAUUCAUCGAAAGGAAAAGAGAACUUAUUAUUAUUAUUAUUAUUAUUAUUAUGUAUCUAAGACUAUUUACUAAAUUUUUCAAAUGGAUGUGAGAUGUAUCUGAUAUUUAAUUGUGACAUACUGAGGUUUUAUGGCCAGAAUACUAUUUUCUGUAACAAUGUUAUUUGUGUAAUAAAGUGUCUGCAAAGCA